UUUUUUCCUGCGGUGCCGGUGACCGGGAUAUGGAUCUGUACCAGGAGCCAGACAUGCCAAAAGAAAUGGAUUUGAAGGAAGAACUUUCCUGUGGCCAAGAUCCGCUCUCUAAAUGUCUUCAAGCCAGAAAAGAAUUGGAAACUGCAAUCCAAGCACUACUUAAAACAGAACAACAAGUAAAGGAAAAUGGCAGAGAGGUUAAAGCCCAGAUCCAGUCUUGUGUUAGUCGUCAUCUGGAGUGCAUGCGCAGCCGGGAAAUUUGGCUCUUGGAGCAGGCUGACUUGAUUCAGCAGCUGAAGGAAGAGGCCUUGCAACAGCAAGCUCAGCAGCUGUAUUGGUUGCUGGGACAGUUCAAUUGCUUGAUUCACCAGCUAGAGACCCCUCACAGUAAUGACCUCGCCAAUCAGAUCACAGUUUGCUUAGAGAGGCUGGGCAGUCUUGCUCUGAAACCUGAAGAAACAUCCACUCUCAGUUUUGAAGCCGAUGUCCCUUCUCUCCGGAAAGCUAUUACUACAUUCGGAUCAAUUAAAACACUGGUAAGAGCAUCACGUGAAUGUAUUCUUUCCCGAUUUUUUUUUUUUUAUUUUGUCACCCAGAAUCCCUGGCUUCUCAACAAUUGUUAUGUUCCCCCAGUCGAUGAGAAACCUUAUUCUGGGGCUUUGAGCACGUCUCUAUCUGAAUGGCUGUUGGAGGACAAAGUCGCCAGCAUUUCUUCAUGCCCUGCUUUGGACAUUCCAAGCACUUCUCCACAGGAUUGGCUUCUAAAAUCUGACAUCACUGGACAUAUUGAGUGUUCAGAAAUGCCUGGACCACCCACAUUUGACAUGGAAAAAAUCUGGGGAAAGCUAGGGGAAUUGCACAAUUGGUUGCUACAGUCCCAGAACAAGGAAUCUUGUCCUGAGAAAUCUGGAUUGCGCACACGUGACAAUUCAGAGUCCAGCUCUUUCUCCUAUGAAAAAGUUGAUGACAUAGAGUUCGAUUUGGAGGAUCAGGAAGAGAUGGAUCUUUCAGAUUGGCUCAUUUCCCCAGCCACUUCUGAAGAGUCUAGCAGUGACGUGGACAAGUGGAAGCUCAUCUUUCAACCAUUUGUUCAGGACUACAGAAUUAGUGAUUGGCUCCACAAAGUAGAGUCCUGCGGUAAUUGCUGUGGUGGGAAUACAGCUGCUUUGGAAAUAGAAAAUCUUGGGAACCUUCUAUGCUUAAAUGAGCAGCUUGGAGGGAAGAAGACAUCUGUGUCCAAUAGUGAGAUGUGGCUGCUGAAGGAAUCUCGGCCUGUUUUUAAGAUGGAAGAAAUCUGUAAAGCUAACGAACCCUGCUCUACCUUCUCAGAAUGUGUUUGUGAUGAAAGCUGUGAGAAAGACGCUCUAAGGAAGUGGCUUUUGAAAAAGGAAGGGAAAGACAAAAAUGGCGUUCCUCUAAAUCCAGAUCAAAUGGCCAAAGACGAGGAACAUGAAAAGUCAAAACCUUCCCUAAAUAUGUGGCUGCAUCCAUGCAAAAGAAAUUCUGGAGACCAGGCUUGUAGCAAGAUGGAAGAAUGUAAUCCCACCAUUAGGCAUUUUAGAACAUUGCUUGAAACACCUUUGGCCGACUGGGUUGUCAAAUCCAUUACAACAGAGAAGGCAGAAAAAGAGAUGUCAGACAGUAAAUGGAAGCCAAACCCCGCAGAGCAUCCCUCUCCAUUUUACUUGCCUCUAGACACUGGUUGCUGGGUGUUGUCCUCAAAGAACAUAGAUAACGUGGAAAAGUCAGAACAGCCUGCACUGGAGGAUAAAUGGCUCUUACGUAAAAAAGCACAUGAAUAUUAUGGCCUUCCCAGUGUCUGUGACCUCUUUGCCUGCAUGAAGCUAGCAGCAGACAAGGACAAAUGGCUGCACCGCACUCCCUUGCAGAUGUGAAGCACCUUAUGAUCUCCAAACCUUGAUCAACCACGCACACAGAAAUCGUAAUGGAAAAGACUUCUCCGCUCUUCGCCUGGGUCUUUUUCCUCAGGAUUGUUUUCUUGCUCAUAACAUGUAUAGAAAUGUAACAUGUAACUUAAUCUCUAAAUUGAAACCAUUUUAUUUUUCAAUGUAAUCCUAUUUCUGGGAAAUUCCCUUUUAAUUAGCAGUAACAAGGACAGUAUUUUUAUGGUGUGGUGCUGUCAUAAUGGAGUCUGACAUUUUCUGUAUGUCUGAGAUCGCUUUUUUGUUUAAAAAAAGGCAUAUUAUGGCUGAAAACAGCACUUCAUUGUUCAUUAGGAGUAGUCUUAGCUGUGGU